CUUUACUGUCUCUGACAUCAUCACGCACAGCUGGCGGGAAAUAGCAACAGGCUAUAAACUGAAUAGAUGGCGUUGGUUAUUGACAACAAAACUGCUGUGUUGGGAUCAGAUUAAUGUAAAUGCGUUUUUGUUUGUCUUGAUACAAGACGGUCUACGGUGUCUGACAGGACAAUGGUUCAAAUAGUCAUACGAGCCAGUGUGGAUGGCAGUGGCCCUCCAGAGUGGCUGCUGGUGGAGCUCCAGGGAGAGAUGAUGUCCAGACACAACUCUGGUCUGGCAGGAAAUGUGAUGGGAGACCUGCUCUACACCAAAGAGGGGGUGCCAGUGCUUAUCGUAGGACAUCAUAUUCUGUAUGGGAAGCAGGUCAAACUGGACAAACCCUUUGCUGUCCUUACCAAGCACUCCAGCCUUCUGCAGAACGGCCUGGACAGUCAAGAUGAUGCCACUACGGUACCUAUGGAAACCAACCAGCAAGGACCCACUUCCACCUCCUACUCUGUGUCUGCCCUCAUCAAGAGGAAACUCAUCUUCAAGACACGCCCCAAACCCAUCAUCACUAACGUACCGAAGAAGGUGUAGCAGUAGUGACUGACGGGCUCAGAGGUGUGAUGGUAUAAAACCGAGUGUACUUUAGUCUCUUCAUGCUCGGAAAAGAUGCAGUUAGCUUAUAUUAUACUUUUUCUAGUACAACUGAUCAAUACUGCCUUUACCUUUCACCUCAACUGAUUCCAACGAGAGACUUUUAUGAAACUCCUUGAAAGUAUGAAUGAAUGUUGUAUUGUGUUCCUGAUAUUUAUAGAAAAUGUUUAAAGCCCCAUGAGGGUCUGAAUGCUGUUUCAAGGGCUCUUGUACCCUAACAUGAGUCACACUGCGGAUACAGUGCAUACAAAUACUCUUUCUAAGAAAAUAAUAAUAAAUAAAUACCUAAAAACACA